AAUUAUUUGAAAUGUACAAAAUCGGAUCCUAACCUAGAAACGAACGCGGGAGAAUCGCAGCAAGAGAAAAACAAAAACACGCAUGGAACAACCGAUGGGUGGCGCACGGAGACGACAAUGGUGGCACAACCAGAGGCCGAUCUGCGACGGUCUUUGCGAGGUACAAUUACAAACUCCAACCCGCAGCACACGUCGCAAGCUCGGAGGAAAUGGAACGUCCGGCAUAGCGCCGGCGACGCGAAUCGGGAGUGGAGAUCUACAGUAGUGGCGACGCGGCCAGAGUAAACAGUUUAUAGCGCAUACGUUGCCUCGGAAAUGGUGAAUUGCACCAACAACAUGCAAAUGGUCAAAUUUGAGUAUUUCUCAAACAAAAUGGAUAGUGGUAACCAGGUUGCUAACAUUGCGACCAUGAGAUGGAAAACAACUGAGUCUCGGAGAAGGGUUGUAAAGGCCAUCGUGAAAGAAUUAAUCAAGCAAGGUUCUCCCGAUCCAAAACUUACCUUAAAUGAUGCUAUUCAAUCUGUAAGCCAAUUUGAGGUGAAUGCGAGUGCUUCUGCUAAAACCCAGGAUGAGUACAUUAGUUUGGUGAGAGAGCAGAUAAAGCGGAUUCGUGCACGGUCUUGGAAGACUGUUGUUGUAAAAAAAAAGAUCACUAACCCUUCUGCUACAGCAGAAAUAGAUGCAAACGGAGACUGGCAGGAGCAUGUUUAUGAAAGGCUUCAAUUUCUGAAACAAAGAUAUUACUAUGCAGUCCAAUCACUUUACCGAAACUGUUGUAGAGAUCUUCAGGUUGAUCCUUCAAAAGAAUUUGUCGGACUUAAACGUAAGAGUCAACUGGAAAAUAUUCUUUCACUCUUUGAACUGAGUAAAAGCCAGAUCACUGCUGAUAUGAAGGAUCAAGCAAGAAAAGCAGAGGAAUAUAUACGAAACGCUCUAAAUAUUCUCAACAAGCAGCCCAACAGGCAGCAGUCACCUGAUGUGCAACUCAAGCAACUGUUUUUUGGCCCAUCCAAUUCUAUAUUUUCUCAACCGAACAAUAUGGUUUCUCAAGAUCACCGAGUUGCAAUGCCAAUUGGUAGUUCACAGCACGGUAUUAUAAAUCAAUCGUCAAUAGUAAAAGGCCAGAGCAAUGCUGUCAAACAACAGACAAACAUUGCAUUCCAAGAAUUUGGUGUAAACAAUAACACUCCAAGGAUUUCGGCAACUCAAGCAUUUGGUACAAGGACCAAGACCGAGAGGAUUUUACCCUUGAUUAAAGAAAGCAAUGCUGUCAAACAAGAGACAAACAUUGCACUCCAAGAGUUUGGUGUAAACAACAACGCUCCAAGGAUUUUGGCAACUGAAGCAUUUGGUACAAGGACCAACACUGAGAGGAUUUUACCCUUGAUUAAAGAAAGCAAUGAUCAAAAUCAAGGAUUUCACAACACUAAAGUGCAAAGUCAUGCAAUGCAGAAGCUGAUUAGAGCGUUGACAUCUGUUUCUCCUGAAGCACUGAGUGCAGCAGUUGGCGAAAUUGAAGAGGUGGUUCAUUUGAAUGAUAAAAUACCAGAGGUGGUUGAUGAACAAGGACUACCAAUCGUCAUUACUCCCGGAGGAUGGAAAAUGCCUCGCAGCUUUAUUUCAACCACCUGUGAUACUCCUAGCAUGCUUGAGGGUUUCAAUCAGUUCACUUACACUGCGGAAUCUAACUUAAAUUCUUUCACAAUUAAAGGAAAACACUCACAAACUGUGCAGGAAAAUCAGAACCUUUUAGCAGAAAUAAAAGACAUAAACAAUCAAUUGUUCGAUUGUGAGGUGGUUAUCGCUGAAAAGGAAAAUGCUAAAAGUGCGGUUGGAGUAGCUACUGAUCAAAGUGAAGGUUUAGUUGUUAAAAUCCUGUAUAAUGCAGUGACUAUCAAUCAGAACAUUAUAUCUCACUUUACUGCUGAUAAAAAGUCAUUGAUCGAACCGCUACGAUUGCUUAUUCCUUCAAGUUAUCCCUCUUGCUCUCUUGUUAUUCUCGACGAAUUGCCAUUGGAAGUCAGUGAUGACCUGAGCGCUCUAUCUGAGAGAGCAAAAGAAAAGCUGCGAUUUAAUCUUGGAAAAAUGAAUGAACCACUGUUGAUUAAAGAUAUAGCAAGAGUGUGGGAACGUUGUGCUAGAGAAGCAAUCCUUGAUUAUGCACAUGCUAAUAGUGGUGGAAGUUUUACCUCAAUGCAUGGAGGGUUGGAGGCCUGUUGAUUCAUUCUCAUUUUUGCUGGUUGUUACAGCCGGAAGAUGUAUUUAUAUAGAAGAGUGUGAAAAUUUUAAGAAAAGUGUCAUACCAUAUACUUGAAAGAAGAAAAAGCAAAAGGGAUAUUGUCUAUAAAA